AUGAGUUCUGAAACAGUAUGUAAAAUAUGCAAUAUUAUAGUUGAAGAGUUACUAACAAUCCAGACUCCUUCUUUAGAUGACAUUUUAAAAGAAGAUGUAUCAUUCACUGAUAAUAAGUCAAAAUAUUUCACCACUACGGAAAAACAACCAAUUGAUAUCUCAAGGACAAAAUCAAGAUUUAAAUAUUUAUUAGGUUUAACUAAUUUAUUUCAACAUUUUAUAGAAGCUAAAGCAAAUAAAGAUCCUCAAAUUAAACAAAUAUUAAAUCAUAUUACUGAAACAAAUAAAAAACGAAGAUUAACUGAAAAAGAAGAAGAUGAAAAUUUAUUAAAAGAUGAUUCAGCAACAGUAAUGGAAUUUAUUGAUUCUCCAAGUUAUAUUCAAGGUAAAAUGAGGCCAUAUCAAGUUCAGGGACUUAAUUGGUUAAUUAAUUUAUAUGAAAAUCACCUUUCGGGAAUUUUAGCUGAUGAAAUGGGUUUAGGAAAAACAUUACAAACAAUUUCAUUCCUUGGUUAUUUAAGAUUUAUUCAUAAAAUUAAUGGUCCUCAUAUUGUAGUUGCUCCUAAAAGUACUUUAGAUAAUUGGUUAAGAGAAUUUAAUAGAUGGAUUCCAGAUAUAAAUGCAAUUGUAUUACAAGGUGACAAAGAUGAAAGAUCAAAUUUAAUAAAACAAAAGAUAAUGACUUGUGAAUUUGAUGUUGUUAUUGCCUCAUAUGAAAUUGUAAUUAGAGAAAAGGCGACAUUUAAAAAGUUUAAUUGGGAAUAUAUUAUAAUUGAUGAGGCUCAUAGAAUAAAAAAUGAAGAAAGUUUAUUAUCUCAAAUUAUACGAUUAUUUCAUUCAAAAAAUAGAUUGUUAAUUACUGGUACUCCAUUACAAAACAAUUUAAGAGAAUUAUGGGCAUUAUUAAAUUUUAUAUUACCUGAUGUUUUUGCAGAUAAUGAAUCAUUUGAUGAAUGGUUUAAAGAAGAAGAUGAACAAGUUAUCAGACAAUUACAUAAAGUAUUAAAACCUUUUUUGUUAAGAAGGAUUAAAGCUGACGUAGAGAAAAGUUUACUUCCUAAAAAAGAAUUAAAUGUUUAUAUUGGAAUGACUGAAUUACAGAAAAAUGUUUAUAAAAAGAUUUUAGAAAAAGAUAUUGAUGCAGUUAAUGGUGCUAAUAAAAAAGAAUCAAAAACAAGAUUACUUAAUAUUGUCAUGCAGUUGAGGAAAUGUUGUAACCACCCUUAUCUUUUCGAAGGUGUUGAACCUGGUCCACCAUAUACUACAGAUGAACAUUUAGUUUAUAAUUCACAAAAAUUAUUAAUUUUGGAUAAAAUGUUGAAAAAAUUUAAAGCUGAAGGUUCUAGAGUGUUAAUUUUUAGUCAAAUGAGUAGGUUACUCGAUAUUUUGGAAGAUUAUUGUUUCUUUAGACAAUACCAAUAUUGUCGUAUUGAUGGAUCCACAGAUCAUAGUGAUAGAAUUAAGGCUAUAGAUGAAUAUAAUGAACCAAAUUCCAAAAAGUUCAUCUUUUUAUUAACUACAAGAGCUGGAGGAUUAGGUAUAAAUUUAACAACAGCUGAUGUGGUAGUUUUAUUCGAUUCUGAUUGGAACCCUCAAGCAGAUUUACAAGCAAUGGAUAGAGCCCAUAGAAUUGGACAAACUAAACAAGUCAAGGUAUUUAGAUUUAUUACGGAAAAUGCAAUUGAAGAAAAAGUCCUUGAAAGAGCUACACAAAAAUUAAGAUUAGAUCAAUUAGUUAUACAAGGUCAAAGAGAAAGUGGUAAACCAGCAAAUAAGAAUGAAUUAUUAAAUAUGAUUCAAUUUGGAGCAGCCGAUGUUUUUAAAGAUGAAAAAAAUGAAUCAGAAUUAGAUAUUGAAGAAUUAUUAAAAAGAUCAGAAGAGAAAACACAAGAAUUAAAUUUAAAAUAUGCAAAAUUAAAUCUUAAUGCAUUGCAACAUUUUUCAAAUGAUGAGUCAGUUUAUGAAUGGAAUGGUGUUGAUUUUAAAAAGAAGGAUGUUAAUGCAAUUACAAAUAUUGGUCAUGCAUGGAUAAAUCCAGGUAAAAGAGAACGUAAAGAAAAUUAUUCAAUUGAUAUGUAUUAUAAAGAUGUUUUAAAUACUGGUAGAAAUACAUCCAAUAUUGGAAAACUGGGUCCAAAACCACCAAAACAACUCAACAUUUUUGAUCACCAAUUUUUUCCAUCUAAAUUAUGGGAAUUACAUCAAUUACAACAAAAUUAUUACAAAAAACAAAUAAAUUUUAAAUCUCAAGAUGAAUUAGAACAAAAAGAAAUUGAAAAUUCAAGACCAUUAACUGAAGAAGAAUUAAAAUUAAAAGAAUCAUUAUUAAAAGAAGGUUAUUCAAAUUGGAAUAGAAGAGAUUUUCAUCAUUUUAUAUCUACAUGUACAAAAUAUGGUAGAAAUUCAAUACCAUUAAUUUCAUUAGAAUUUCCUGACAAAUCAGAAGAUGAAGUUAGACAAUAUGCAAAAGCAUUUUGGAAAAACUAUAAAUUAAUUGAUGGUUAUGAAAAAUUUAUAAAUCAAAUUGAACAAGGGGAGGAAAAGAUAGUUAAAAUUAAAAUUCAAAAAGAAGCUUUACGUAGAAAAUUAUCACAAUAUAAAUAUCCAUUGCAAGAAUUAGUUUUAAAAUAUCCACCAACAUCAACAAAUAAAAAAUUAUUUAGUGAAGAAGAAGAUAGAUUUUUAUUAGUUCAACUAUAUAGAUUUGGAAUUGAUUCAUCAGAUGUUUAUGAAAAAAUUAAAGAAACUAUUCGUCAAUCACCAUUAUUUCAAUUUGACUUUUUUUUACAAAGUAGAAAUGUGGGUGAAAUUUCAAGAAGAUGUACAACAUUAUUAG